AUGUUAAGAUUUAAAAGAUUCUUCAGUGAAGGCUCUAUUAGGUUGACUAGAGGUCAGAAUUUGACUGAAAAGAUAGUUCAAAGGUAUGCAGUUGAACUUCCAGAAGGUAAGAAAGUAUUUUCUGGUGACUAUGUGUCAAUUCGUCCAAGUUAUUGUAUGUCUCAUGAUAAUUCAUGGCCUAUUGCAUUAAAAUUUAUGGGUUUAGGUGCAACUAAACUAAAAUAUCCCGAUCAGAUUGUUAAUACUUUAGAUCAUGAUGUUCAAAAUAAGAGUGAAAAGAAUUUAACAAAGUAUAGGAAUAUCGAGAACUUUGCUAAAAAGCAUGGCUCACAUUUCUAUCCUGCUGGUAGGGGUAUUGGACACCAAAUUAUGAUAGAAGAAGGUUAUGCCUUCCCAUUGAAUUUGACAGUAGCUUCAGACUCGCAUUCCAAUAUCUAUGGUGGUGUUGGUUGUUUGGGGACACCAAUAGUUAGAACUGAUGCUGCAUCUAUCUGGGCAACUGGUCAAACUUGGUGGCAGAUACCUCCAGUGGCACAAGUUGAGUUGAAGGGUGAAUUACCUACUGGUGUUUCAGGAAAGGAUAUUAUUGUCGCAUUAUGUGGCUUAUUUAAUGAUGAUCAAGUCUUGAAUCAUGCAAUUGAAUUUACUGGUGAUUCUAUUAAAAAUUUGUCAAUUGAUAAUAGGUUGACUAUAGCUAAUAUGACUACUGAAUGGGGUGCCCUUUCAGGUUUGUUCCCUGUGGAUUCGACUGUCAUUCAAUGGUACAAAGAAAGGAUAAAUAAGGUCGGUGAAGGACAUAUAAUUAAUUCUAAGGCCAUUGAGGAACUGGAACAAAAUGCUCAAAAAUUGAAAGCAGAUAGUAAUUCGAAAUAUGACAAGAAGUUAACUAUUGAUUUAUCUACACUGACAUAUUACGUUUCAGGACCAAAUAGCGUCAAGAUUUCUAAUCCUGUAGAGGACUUAUCUAAACAAGAUAUUAAGAUUAACAAAGCUUACUUAGUGUCAUGUACCAAUUCACGCUUGUCUGACAUUGAAGCAGCUGCUGAUGUAGUUUGUCCAACAGGUAAUAUUGAAGAUGUCAAGAAAGUUGCUCCUGGUGUUAACUUUUAUAUUGCAGCAGCCUCAUCUGAAGUUGAAAAAGAAGCAAGAACUAGUGGUGCUUGGGAUAAAUUAUUGAAGGCAGGUUGUAUAGCAUUACCAGCAGGCUGUGGCCCAUGCAUUGGCUUAGGUACAGGUCUACUGGAAGCUGGUGAAGUUGGAAUUAGUGCAACAAAUAGAAAUUUUAAAGGUAGAAUGGGGUCUAAGGACGCCUUGGCAUACUUGGCAUCGCCAGCUGUUGUAGCAGCAUCGGCAUUGGCUGGUAAAAUUGUUUCACCAAAUGAGGCAUUGGGUAUUGAAAGUUGUAAAUAUGCAUCAGUUAAAACAUCUGAACAAAUAUUGGAGGAAGAAACAUCAGGAACCUCUUCAGGUCCGACAGAAGCCUCGAGGGUUGAAAUAUUAGAAGGGUUCCCUAGUGAAAUAUCAGGCGAAUUGGUAUUCUGUGAUGCUGAUAAUAUCAAUACAGAUGGUAUAUAUCCUGGUAAGUAUACAUAUCAAGACGAUAUUUCUAAAGAGAUGAUGGCAGAAGUAUGCAUGGAGAAUUAUGAUCCAGAAUUUCAAACCAAGACAAAGACCGGAGAUAUAAUAAUCAGUGGGUUCAAUUUUGGUACUGGAUCCUCGAGAGAACAAGCAGCCACAUGUAUUUUAGCAAGAGGUAUUAACUUAGUGGUAUCGGGAUCUUUUGGUAAUAUAUUUUCUAGGAAUUCCAUUAACAAUGGAUUGUUAACUGUCGAAGUCCCAAAACUAAUAGAACAAUUACGUUCAAAGUAUAAAGAUGAUACGCCGGAACUAACAAGAAGAACAGGGUGGUUCUUCAAAUGGGAUGUAGCCAACAAAAAUGUAACUGUGAGAGAAGGAUCUCUUACAGGUACAAUAGUAUUUGAACAAGAAAUUCCAGAAUUGGGCAAAAAUUUACAAGAGAUUAUUGUUAAAGGCGGUUUAGAAGGAUGGGUUAAAUCUAAACUAAAUUAA